ACAUUCCAAAAAAUAAUGAGAAUUGCUAAUUUUCUCGUACCUCUUUCUAUCUUGGCUUUGGCUUUGUCAGUCGCCCUUGCUUAUGAUCCUAGCCCUCUACAAGACUUCUGUGUGGCAACCGAUGAUACUUCCUCUGGAGCAUUCGUAAAUGGAAAAUUCUGCAAGGAUCCAGAGCAUGUAACAGCAGACGAUUUUUACCAUACUGGACUUAAUAUUGCUAGGCCGACAUCAGACCAACUCGGAGUCCGUACAAAUCUUUUAACAGUAGAAGAAAUACCAGGACUCAAUACAUUAGCACUAUCCAUUGUUCGAAUUGACUUCGAAGCAGGCGGAGUCAACCCGCCACACCAUCACCCUCGAGCAUCUGAAAUCAUAACAGUAUUGGAAGGAACUCUUUAUGCUGGUUUCAUUACAGGAAAUCCUGAUCAUAAGGCUUUUGUCAAAAUUUUAAAAGCAGGAGAUGUUUUUGUAUUUCCAUUUGGAUUAAUUCACUUCCAGUUCAAUAUUGGUAAAAGCCCUGCAGUCGCUAUAGCAGCAUUAAACAGUCAAAAUCCAGGAGUGGUAACUGCAGCAAAUACCGGUGGAGCAUGUUCGCUUCUCUUAAUCUCCUCUUAAUCUUCAACUUUUGGCCAGAGCUUACCAUCUUGAUAAAAAUAUAGUGGCUAAUCUUACAAAACAAGAAUGGGUCAAUCCAUCUGACCUUAAUUCUUAUUCUAGCUAUUAUUGAUAUAUAUUUAGAGUGGUGACAGAGAUAAAAAUGAGGAUUGAUUUUACCAACUCUUUCUCUUUUGUAUUGCAAUAACAGAGAAAGAAUAUCUAUCUAUAUAUAUAUAUAUAUAUAAAUAAAAGCAAAGCAGUUUGCAUUAUAUGAAA